UUUACUGUCUUGCAUUGCAUUGAGAAUAUCUUUAUACGGUAUCCAAUAUAUCAACAGUUACCCGGCUAAAUACCGGAACAAAUAGGGCCUAAAUUAUUUUACAUCAAACCAAACACAACCAGAGAUUUGAUUGUAAAGAGUAGGCGUUCAAAAUAGGAGUCCACAACCUACCUCAGCCAUGACAGCUAGGCGUGCUGGCCUCACAUGGUGGUAUAUGUGAUGAGUUGAUUAAUUUUGUCUGACAUCUCCAUCGGCGGUUUUAUUAAGGGCGAGCGCGAGCAGCCACCAAGGGUGAAGAGUGAAGAAGAGAUCUAAUUAGAGAGAAGAACAAUUACUCUCCUCCUCUUGCUCUGCAGGCAGUGAAUCGAGAGAUAUGAGAAACAACCGGGAAGACGUAGAGGUGGGUCAGAGCAACGACGACAGAUCAGAUGAAAUAGCCGAGCCCCUUAUCGGGCGGCAGCACAAGACGACUCCUCCUACUACCGAGGAGGACCAGGAUCAGGAGGAUGAAUCAAAGCGAAAGAGCUACGACGACAGAGGGUCUCUGUGGAUGGUUCUUCUCAGUACGUUCAUUGCGGUUGCUGGAUCUUUCGAGUUUGGAUCCUGUGUGGGAUACUCGGCACCAACCCAGUCGGAGAUCACUGAUGAUCUUGGUCUAUCAUUAGCUGAGUACUCGGUCUUUGGAUCAAUUGGAAAUAUCGGUGCCAUGGUUGGAGCAGUUACAAGUGGUCGGGUUGCUGAUUUCAUCGGCCGGAAAGGGGCAAUGCGAGUGUCGUCCGUUUUCUGCAUUGCAGGAUGGCUUGCAGUCUACUUCUCCAAGGGAGCAGUGUCUCUAGACAUUGGAAGGGUAUGCACAGGCUAUGGAAUGGGUGUUUUUUCUUAUGUGGUACCAGUGUUCAUAGCAGAAAUAGCACCAAAGAAUCUUAGAGGGGCUCUUGCUACCAUGAAUCAGCUUAUGAUAGUUGGUGGAGUAUCAGUAACUUUCAUUAUAGGAACCCUUGUAUCAUGGAGGACUCUUGCAUUGAUUGGAAUCAUCCCAUGCAUAAUACUGCUUUUGGGUCUCUUUUUAAUUCCAGAGUCUCCUAGAUGGCUGGCCAAGGUUGGGCGCCAGAAAGAUUUCGAAGACGCACUGCGAAAGCUACGUGGAAGAGAUUCAGACAUUUCUGAGGAAGCUUCAGAGAUUUUGGACUACAUAGAAACUCUUCGGUUCCUCCCUAAAGCCAAUCUUUUUGAUUUGUUCCAAAGGAGAUACUUGUAUCCUGUCAUAGUUGGAGUAGGUUUGAUGGUUUUUCAACAGUUUGGUGGAAUCAAUGGCAUCUGUUUUUAUGUAAGCCAUAUUUUUGAGGCUGCAGGGUUUCCUUCUAACAUUGGAACCAUAAUUUAUGCUUGCAUUCAGUUCCCUAUAACUGGAUUUGGUGCAUUGUUAAUCGACCGGGCCGGAAGAAGACCUCUUCUAUUUGUCUCUGCAUCUGGAUUAUUUGUAGGUUGUGUUUUACUGAGUACAUCAUUCUAUAUGAAGGUACAUGAGAUAUCACUAGGUUCAGUACCAAUACUUGCUCUCAUUGGCAUAAUGGUUUAUAUAGCUUCAUUUUCAAUGGGAAUGGGGGCAGUUCCAUGGGUUAUAAUGUCUGAGGUAUUCCCCAUAAACAUAAAAGGAAUAGGAGGAAGCUUGGUGACUCUGGUGAACUGGUCUGGGUCAUGGGUAGUUUCAUUUACUUUCAACUUUCUCAUGAGCUGGAGCUCUUAUGGUACCUUUGGGCUCUAUGCUUUGGUCAAUUUGCUAGCUAUUCUUUUUGUAUCGAAGCUAGUACCAGAAACGAAGGGACGAACUCUGGAAGAGAUUCAGGCUUCCAUGAAUAUUUCUUAGAGGGAAACUGACAUGUUACUCAAUUGUUUCUCAGAAAAGUUGGUUCACAAAUUCGAUGACUCUCUUGUUCAUUUUAUUGUUUAGAGAGGAAAUGCUACAUGGAAACAAGAGUACUACUUGUUACAUUA